UCAGGAAGUGCAACUGCAUGAAAACAAUUGUGGAAGUUCACCUGUCUGAACAUGUCUGUGGUAAAGUCAGCUUCGUGUAUUCUGUAGUGCUGUUGGUCAGGAGACAUGUCGGACAUUUUAAUGAGAAUAAAAAGCAGCAUCGCGAAGAAGAAGAAGAAGGCGGAUGUCGCUCAGGGCGACCUGCAGAAAUGGGGCUUAAGAGGGAUACAGCUGAGACCCUACCAGCUGGACGGGGUGCACUGGUUAACGCAGUGCCUGAAGAACCAGCAGGGAUGCAUCUUAGGAGACGAGAUGGGUUUGGGCAAAACCUGCCAGACGAUCUCUCUGCUGGUGUACAUGUCGGGAGCUCUCGGGAAUACGGGACCAUUUCUGGUGUUGAGUCCACUCUCUGUCCUGGAGAACUGGAGAAAUGAGUUGGAAAGCUUCGCUCCCUCACUGGCUGUCCUGGUUUACAAAGGAGACAAAGAAAGGCGGGCAGAGAUCCAGCAGGAAGCGACCUCUCAGGGCUUCCAUGUUCUUCUCACUACAUAUGAGCUGUGUCUCAAAGAUGCUUCAUACCUGAAACGGUGGAAAUGGAAGGCGCUCGCGGUCGACGAAGCUCACAGGCUGAAGAAUCAGAGCUCACUAUUGCACAAAACCUUGACGGAGUUCUCCAUUGGAUUCAGAGUCUUGCUGACAGGAACUCCCAUACAGAACAACCUGCAGGAGCUCUACUCCCUGCUGAGCUUCAUCCAGCCCAGCAUCUUUACACCAGAAGACACGGACAGCUUUGUCAACUCUUACUCCAACGUACAAAGUCAGCCUGCUCUGGCCGCUGAGCUCCAAAGCAUCCUGGAGCCCUUCCUGCUUCGUAGAGUCAAGUCUCAGGUGGCUGUCGAUCUGCGCAAGAAGACAGAGCUGGUGGUUUAUCAUGGCAUGUCUGCUCUGCAGAAAAAAUACUACAAAGCCGUUCUGAUGAAGGACCUGGAGGCUUUUGGAAAUGAGCAAGGCAGCAAGACUCGGCUGCUGAACAUCUUGAUGAACCUGAGGAAGUGUGUUGACCACCCGUAUCUGUUUGAUGGAGUGGAACCGGAGCCCUUUGAGAUGGGGGAGCACCUCAUUGACGCCAGUGGGAAACUUUGUCUUCUGGACAGCAUGCUGACGUUUCUGCACAAAGGGGGUCAUCGGAUCCUGCUGUUCUCUCAGAUGACGAGGAUGCUCGAUAUUCUCCAGGACUACAUGGAGUACAGAGGUUACAGCUACGAACGUCUGGACGGGUCUGUCCGAGGGGAGGAGCGAAAUCUAGCAGUGAAGAACUUCAGUAGCAAAGAUAUCUUUGUCUUUCUGCUCAGCACUAAAGCAGGGGGAGUAGGGAUGAACCUGACAGCUGCUGACACAGUCAUUUUUGUGGAUAGUGACUUCAACCCUCAAAAUGAUUUGCAGGCUGCUGCACGCAGCCACCGGAUUGGCCAGAACAGGCCCGUGAAAGUGAUCCGCCUCCUGGCAAGAGACACUGUGGAAGAGAUCAUGUACUCUCGUGCUGUAUCCAAGCUGCAGCUCACCAAUACGGUCAUUGAAGAGGGACGCUUCUCUUUACUGGAUCAAGUUCAGUCAGCAGCAGCAGGGCUGCAGCUAAGUGAGAUCUUGAAGUUUGGGGUCGAUAAGCUUUUGUCAUCUGAUGAGAGCUCCAUACAGGAUGUGAAACUGGAGAAGAUCCUUGGUCCGUCACAUGACGGUCAGUGGAUGGAUGAUGAGGACUACUCAAAGCUUGAAGAAAAUGAAGAUGAGGAGGAAGAGGAAUUGAAGGGAUCUGAAGCUGAAGGGCAGAACCACAUGUACUUCUUUGAGGGCAAAGACUACAGUAAGGACCCCAGCUCUGAGGACCAGAAGAGCUUUGAUGGUUUGCUGGAGGAGCAGCUGGCCGAGUUUCAGAGAGCAGCGGGAGAAAAACGAGCUCUGCGAGGCAAAGCUGGAGUUUCACUGUCCAUAGACCACGGGGUUCCAAGGAGGAAGAGGAAACCUCUUACGGAGGCUGAGCUGGAGCUGAGGCGGCAGAGGAGGGAAGAGGCUGCAGCCAAGAAGGCCAAAAUGCAGGAGGAGAUGAAGAAGAAGCAAGAAGAGCAGAAAUACAAGAAAAAAAUGGCCUGGUGGGAGUCCUGCGGCUACAGAUCUCAGUGCCUGCCAUCUGUGGACAGCGAGGAAGAGGAGGGAGAAGAGGAGGAUGACGGCAGCAUACGCUCCACAGACUCCGACAGCACAGAUAUCCACUACGUUCUGGGGGACGUUACUCAUCCUCACACCGCUCAGGGAGACGCCAUCAUUGUCCACUGUGUUGAUGACUCAGGUCGGUGGGGAAAAGGAGGUCUGUUCACAGCGCUGGAGGUGAGAUCAAACGAGCCACGGAAGCAAUACGAGUUAGCUGGAAAGAUGAAAGAUUUGGACCUUGGAAAUGUGCUGCUGUUCCCAAUUGAUGACAAACAGUCCAGACUGAACGGCCAAGAUCGAUUAGCCCUGAUAGUGGCGCAGCAGCGAGACAAAGCCAACAACCUGUCUGGGAUCUUUCUAACUGCUCUGGAUGAAGGGCUGAAGAAGAUUUACAAAGCAGCCAAAAGAAACAAGGCAAGUGUUCAUCUUCCACGUAUUGGCCACGCCACCAAAGGUUUCAACUGGUACGGCACAGAGAGGCUCAUCAGGAAGCACCUUGCUUCCAGAGGCAUCCCCACCUUCAUAUACUAUCACAGCAGAAAUGUCAAGAACACAACUAUACCCCCGACAUCCACCUCAGCAACCUCAGCAUCAACAUCCUCCCCUGGGUUACAGUUGCAUAACUCUGAUGACACAGACUCGGUGACCCCAGGGCCCUCGGCUGCACUCCAGACUCCUGCAGACCUCCCCAGUUUCAUGACCGGGGUCCGUGUGUUUUUCUACAACUUGGCUGCAUCAGAGAGGAAGAGGUUGGCCCGCUAUCUUAUCACUUAUGAUGGAGAGGAGGAGGAGAUCAUGAGUCCGGAUGUCACCCACAUAGUAGCAGAGGUGGAGAAUAACAUCCACUCACAGGAGCUCCAGGAUCUGCUGUGUCAGUACAGUCAGGCUGUUCCCGUGCAGAAGGCCUGGCUCGAGUCCUGCUUCUCCAAACAAAGAAGAGUCAACACUGCGCAGUACUUACAUCAGCUCAGAUAACACCCUUUGGUUUUUUUGGUGUUUAUUUUAAUGUUAUUAAAUUUGUGCUUUGUCACAACAAA